AUGGGACAAUGUGUGUCCAAGGAAAAACAUUCCGAUGUACCUCCACGAACGUCAAGCCAGCAAAUGCCCGAAGCUAACGCAUUGCUAAGCAAUCUGACGUCUUUACCAAACUUCUACAACCACUCCCCAAAUCGAAAUCUCUCCUCCUUUAGUCAAAAUGAUCCUAAAUACGAAAUUGUUGUUGCUUUAUACACCUAUGAAUCACGGUCGGACGGUGAUCUCAGUUUUAAAAGAGGAGAUUUGAUGUAUUUAAUGGACAGCUCGUAAGCACAUCUUUUGAAUAAAUGAUAGUUUUAGGAAUGUCGACUGGUGGUAUGUCCAAAGAACCGCUGACAAUAAGACUGGGUAUGUUCCUCGCAACUUUGUCGCCUUACAGAAGACGGCCGAAAGCGAAGACUGGUUUGCUGGAAAGAUCAGCAGAAACAGGGCUGAGCGUCUAGUACUCUCGCAAAGUUUACCUCUUGGGACGUUUUUGGUCCGUGAACGAGAAGUAAUGCCGCCUGAGUACGCUUUAACUAUACGUGACUACGGUGAAAACCGCCCUUGUGUAAAGCACUACAAGAUUAAAAAGACAGAUGAUGACGGUUAUUACAUUACAGACAAAAGGAUAUUCCAUGACCUUAGAGAACUUGUGCGGUACUACAGAGGUAACUUUAUCACAAAAGGCCAACAUAGUCAUAUUUUAUAGACAAUUCGAACGGACUGUGCCAAAAGUUGACCGUAGCGGCGCCUCGGAUUAUGCCAGCAAGGCCCGAUCUAUGUUACCAAACGACCCAACAGUGGGAGAUUCCUCGCCACGAGCUCCAACUCAAAGACAAGUUGGGUGAUGGUAACUUUGGAGAAGUAUGGCAUGGAAGGUGGAAAGGUUCGGUGGAAGUGGCCAUCAAAACCAUGAAACCAGGGACAAUGUCUGACGAAGCAUUCUUGCAGUAAGUGGCGGUUGAUAGUACUUUCAAUAUCAUUUAGGGAAGCUCACAUAAUGAAGCAAUGUGCUCACCAAAACUUGGUCAAACUGUACGCCGUUUGUACGAAAGAAGAGCCAUUUUACAUUAUUACUGAAUACAUGUGUGGCGGUAGUUUGCUUCACUACCUAAGGGACGACUCAAAUCAGCUUUCUAUUCCUGCUUUGAUAGAUAUGUGCGCACAGGUGAGUCGUGAAUGCAAAAUUAUGAUGUUAAUGUCUAUUACUUUUAGAUUGCCAAUGGCAUGAAGUAUUUGGAAGAAAGAAAACUGGUUCAUCGUGACUUGGCUGCGCGGAACGUUCUAGUCGGUGACAAGAUUUCUGGUGUGCCUGUAGUAAAGGUUGCCGACUUCGGGUUGGCUCGAAAGUUGAUGGAGGAAGACAUAUACGAAGCCAGGAUGGGCGCAAAGUUCCCAAUCAAGUGGACCGCGCCGGAAGCAGCCAUUUGUGGUAACUUUACCGUGAAGUCUGACAUAUGGUCCUAUGGAAUACUUUUGUACGAAAUCUUCACACGUGGUCAAAAUCCUUAUCCAGGUAUGUUCGCAUGGUUGUUUUUAAAUAUGAAAUUUAGGCAUGCACAACCGUGAGGUAAUCGAACAAGUGGAACAAGGUUACAGGAUGCCAUGUCCAAAGAACUGCCCUCCAGAAGUGUACGAACACAUGUUAAAGUGUUGGCAUCAAUUACCUGAGAAACGACCUACGUUUUCCUACCUUUACAAUUACUUUGAUGACUUUUAUGUAACUUCUCAACCAAAUUACAUCCCCCCUCAGAAUUGAUCACAGAUAUUCUUGCCUCUACAAUACUACGGCUAUCUACUAUUGUGCAAUUUUUGUAUACGCAUUUUAAGCUAUUCAUGUAUAGUUGAAUCUUAAAUAAAAACUCCAGUAUUUUUUUGUUUGAGGUGAUAUUACUAUAGGUGCAGGCUUUGAAUCAGCGUGCUGAAAAGGAUAAGCUUUACAUUAAAGUAUUACUCACACCGCUUUUAGAAUAGAUAGUUUUCUGACUAUAACGAGGGUGGCUAUAUUUUGUUACUGUACUCUAGAUAAACAAGACACUUCAGUUCACUGUAAAACUAAAAUAUUAGAGUCAACUUUGCUGAAACUUUUAAAUUUGCAUAAUUUUACGAAUAAAAGAGAAGUUUGGUUUCCGUGAAGGAUUCCUUUCAUUCUGAUCUUUGUGUUGGUGGCGGUUGCCUUUCUCUCCAGUUUUUAAGAAGUCAUGUAAGUUAGCCUAACAGGUUUUUUGUGGCAUUGAUGUUUCAUAUGUAGUAUGUUGCAUAGACUUUUUCAUAAGAACAAUCGUAUCCUGUUGUUAACGUAUUUUCCUAUCAUGUUCUACAUUUUAGGGGGUUUGGAAAUACUUGUUGCAUGAUCAUUUGCCUGAUUCUCGGAUUCUCGGUAAGUUUUUGUAUCAGUAUUGGGUUGGUAGUACUGUUGGUUUUGUUCAUAUACGGUAUGCUAUGUUUUAGUGGAUCGCAGUUCUAAUGAAAGCUGGAGAAUGCAACCAACACGUCUGGAUCAACUUUAUUCUAUGGCUUUGCCUUGUGUAAGUAUAUUGUGUUUGACUAUAUUUUGAUAACUAGACUAGGGUAUCAUUAUACACCGAUUUGUUUAUUUACUGUUACUUCAAUUAACAUUGUUAUAACUCGUUUUUUCAGACUGCCUGGGGAGCUUCAUGCGAUAUGGUACUGUUUCUGCAGAGAUUAACUCCACAUUACCAAACUUUCUUACUGAUGACGUUAAAAUAA